AUAAUUUAUUGUGUAGAGGCAAAACAGUAACACAAAAGGCAUCCUUGUUUCGUGUGAUUUGUUUACACUCAUUCUCUCUCCAUAAUCAUUCUUCUUCACCAAGUUUCCAAUGACGUACUGUAUUUAUUAACCUUCAGCAAUCCAUAGUACUACUGCAAAAAUGGCGGAAGAGAGGUCGGAGAUAGCCUUCUUCGACUUGGAGACAGCUGUUCCAACCCGAACCGGCCAGGGCUUCGCCAUAUUGGAAUUCGGAGCCAUCCUCGUUUGCCCCAGGAAGCUGGUGGAGCUUCACAGCUACUCCACCCUCGUUCGACCCGCCGACCUCUCCCAUAUCACUUCCCUCUCCGUCCGCAGCAACGGGAUUACCAAGGACGCCGUCGUUUCUGCUCCCACUUUCGCUCACAUUGCAGACAUCGUUUACGAUCUGCUGCACGGAAGAAUAUGGGCUGGCCAUAACAUAUUGCGCUUUGAUUGUGCUCGAAUACGAGAGGCAUUUGCCGAGAUUAACAUGCCAGCGCCGGAGCCUAAAGGGACUAUUGAUUCCCUACUACUGUUAACGCGAAAGUUUGGAAGAAGAGCUGGUGAUAUGAAGAUGGCAAGUCUUGCAACUUAUUUUGGGAUUGGGAAGCAAACACAUAGGAGCCUGGAUGAUGUACGCAUGAAUCUUGAAGUCCUUAAGUAUUGUGCAGCAGUUCUGUUAUUGGAAUCCAGCCUUCCAGACAUAUUUACUGAGAACAGCUGGGUUUCUCCCAAUGCGAUCACAAGAAGUCGAAGUAAUGGAAAAAAGUCCACAGAGCAGAUUGGGAAGGAUGGACUUAUCCAAUCACCUAGUGACAAGUUUGCAUAUCCAUCAAAAUCGUCUCUAUCUCCAGUAAAGAUUGAAUUUUCAUCAACAUUAUCUCCAUCUUCAGUGAAUAUGCUUAUGACACAAACGGCUGGUGAAGUGAAUGGGUCACUUGAACCCAAUGCAGCAAGUGUUGGCCCAUUUGACUUGGGUGGGAUGCUUGCUGUAAUGGAGGAGCCUCUCCCGGAGGACGAUAAGGAAGAAGAGAAAGCUGCCAUAAUAUCUCAAGAGUCUUCAACUGCAGUAGAGGGUGGACCUUUGCAUAGCUGUAAUGACUUCUUGGAGCCUGAUGGCAUUUCAAUACCUUUAAUAUCUGUUACUCUUGCACCCUCUUACCCUGGAACUCAAAGAAUGCAUAUAUUACACCAAAACUCCCCUUUGCAACUUAAAUGUGCAAGCCUGAAAGUUCGCUUUGGGUUCAGCACAAAGUUUGUAGAUCAUGCAGGUCGGCCACGUUUGAAUUUUGUUGUGGAUGCAUCACAGAAUUUGUGCAAUAUUCUAGACGGAGCUGAUAGGCUAGCCCAGAAGCUUUCCACUGAUUCUGGUAGCUCCUCGGAGUGGCAUCAUGUAGUAGCUAGGAAACAAGGCUUCUUCAAUUCUCCCACAGUCAGAUUGCACCUUCCCACUUUAGUUGAUGGCGAAAUCAGCCGAUGGACAACAGAGAUAUACCAGAAGGAGAGUUCAACUUCAAUCAUGCACAAGCUUACAUUUAGUAGAUUCGACGUUACUGAACUGAAUUCUGUAUUCAAUCCCGGUACCGUUGUUGAUGCCUAUUUCUCAGUGGUUGCCUAUGAUUUUCAGCAAAAUGCUGGCAUCCGAUUAGUGGCAAAGAAGCUGAUUGUUCACCAAGCUGAUGAUAAGUUAAAGGCUUAACUUUUGGGUAGUCACAGGAAUUCAGUACUGAUGCUGUAAAUGAAGACAUUUUAUGCUCACCAACUUGUCUGACAAAUUGUUUAUUGGAAAUCAAGACUACUUCUUACAA